AUGCCAGAUCUCCCCAACGCGCAGCUUACCCCAUUUCACGGUGGAGGUGGAGACCACCGCGGCCAAAAAUCAGCGUCUCCAGAGACCACCCGAGGAUCGCAGAACCCAUCCCCUACCCUCUCGGAGGAAAUCUAUGAUCUUAUCAUCGGCUACCUCUUCGACGACCCAACGAGCCUGCGGGCAUGCUCGCUCGUCUCGAGGGCGUUCGCAAAGACCUCACAAAAAUUCCUCUUCCGAAUGGUCACCCUCAAGCCGCUGGAAGUAUCCAGCGUGCAGGCAGACUCGAACCGGAUGAACCCCUGCCAGCUCUUCCACCGCCUACUCGAGGGGAGCCCGCACCUCGCCGCCUACGUGCAGGACCUGACCAUAGAAGAAGGCCAGGAUGACCCCGCGUCCGUCCGCGAUAUCCCCGACGACAUGCUCCCCUUCAUGGGAAUCAAGGAGCUCGCCUGGGUGACGAAGGAGCGCACGCUUCCCCUCGUCCUCGGCGCGCUCAAGAACCUCAAGUCCCUCUCCUUCGGCCGCUUCAUCGACUGGAACAUCCUCUCCGUGUCCCUGCGGCGCGCGCUUCUCGUCGCGGCCCCCUCGCUCGAGUACCUCGAGCUGCGCAAGGUGCGCAAUUGGGACCUCCGCCUCAUGGCCGCCUUUCACUCGCUCAAGACGUGGAAGCUGUGGUUUACGUCCUUCGGCUCCAUGGACGACAGCGACCCCGAGGGCCAGGACGAGCACAUGGCCGCGCACCCGAACGACCCGCCCGAGUCGAAUAUAUCGGGCACCUCAAGCGGCGCGCCGUCCGCGGACGGCGUCCCCGCAGGUCCGCGCCUCAACACGCUCCACUUCUACCUGCAGGCGGAGGAAGUGCUCAAGCUCGUCAGCUACCUCGUUGACGAAAACUGCCCCGUUAAGCUCAGCGAGCUUCGGGAGCUGCUCGCCAACAGCAACCACGAGCUAGAUGAAUACCGCACGGCGCAGCUCCUGCAGCUGUGCGUGAGCUCGCUCGAGCGCUUCAACAUGACGCCGCCCUGGUUCUCGCCCCACGACGGCUCGUAUCCUAUCGACCUCAGCCGCCACCCGCGCCUGCAGUCGCUCACGCUCGACCUCUCGAUCAACCACACCGACACCGCGCGCAACCACGAUCCCUUCGAGCAGUUACGCGGCCUCUUGCAGCCCCUGCACGUCUCUGAGACGCUCCAGGAGAUCGCCUUUCAAACCACGAUCGCGAUCCGCGACUACAGCGAUCUCGACGGCUUCCGCGCCGUCGACGGGUUGCUUGCGCGCAUCGACCCCCUCCAGCAGGUCCGCCUCACCUUCCAGGUGAUGGUCUGCCCGUCCGACCUCGAGGCGUUCAAGGAAGCCGUCAUUGAGCGCAUGCCUCUGCUGAGAGACAAGGGCAUUCUGACCGUCGAAGCAGAGAUGUCAGGGUAA